AUGACGGCGGAAGGAGCGGCGGGUCCGUCAUCAGACACCUCAGCCUCCGCCAAGCGCCUCUCAUAUGUCCCAUAUCAGCGCAAAGGUCACCUUCGAAACGGCUCCAGCGUAUCUCAGACACCAGCAACGCCUCCAGAGGCAGAAUCUUCGACGCCCUCUCCAAGCUCCGCGUCAGCUUCACAUCGCCCAAGCGGAGAGAGUAUACGUUCAACUGCAUCAUCUUCGGCUGGAAAGCAAACGAGCAGUGGUAGUCCAUCUACGAGUGCCAGGCUGGAAGGCAGAGAGCCAUCACAUCGCCGAACUACAUCUUCGGCGUCCACUCGUCAGCCAGUCACACCAUCCCGAACAGCAUCCUCCUUCGGCCAACCAGCCGUCGCCUCGCCAUUGGGCGUCGGGCUUGUUCGGCCUCAUCGUGACCUUGAUGCGCCUCCACCGCCAUUGCGAGUUGCUUCGAAACUCGCAUCUAACAGCUCAACACCAUCAUCCGCUAAUGCCAAGCAGGUAGUUUCAUCGUCCACUCAAGCUCAGGCGUCUUCUAGCACGUCGGCCUCGAACUCAACUGCGUCGAUGCGCCAUGACCGCACUCAGAGCAAUGCUUCGGCAUCGACAGUUCGUGCAACCGACUCGCCUCCUGCACCUCAGAAGAUGCCGGAUUCACCUCGGACGUCUAGCAGAAUCCAAAGCAAGCCUGCCGCAGCAAAUUCUACUCACAACACGACCCGCAACGGUGCGACUAGCAACGGCAGCGCGAACGGCAGCACUUCUGUUGCCUCGAGUACAGCGUCUAGUGUUCCCGGAUAUAGUAAAGCUUCAUCGGCUGUUGGCAGUCCUCAUGGCAGUCGAUCUUUGACGCCCAUCAUUGGCGCUUCUGGAACCUCUAUACCAGCUCACGUCAACUCCUAUGCUGCGCUGCUAGCAGCGCAGUCCAGACUGGGUCCCAUUCCAGUCCCACAAGGUGUAGCACUGGCACAAGCCGCGGGAGCAAACCCGGCGGCAACAGGUCAAACCAUGGCGCUUCCAACCUCUGAUGGAAGAACAACAGCAUAUCGAUCAGGCUUCCAACCAAAAGGUGUCUUGCGCAUCCGAACAAGCGAAUUUGCCGAACUACGACGUAAAGGCCGAAGCGAAGGAGAGAUGGAAGAGCAACGUAUGGAUCGUCGACUAGCCAAGCUCAUUGCGAUACACUUCGAACCUGUCAGCGAUACGGAAAAAGCGUCGGCCGGUCCAGCAGCGAAGAAGUCAUUUGGCUCCUCUUUCAUCGACUUGGAUCUUGACGAGUUCAAACGAAAUCCUAGCAGUCUCAUCAGGAAAGGAGGCAGUGAUCUUUGGACGUCGUUCCGAGCUCGUGGUCGUGGUGAAGAUCCAGCAAUUCGUCAAGCAGAGCAGACCAUUGUCAACUGGCAAGACGACUCAGAGGCGAAAGCUUGUCCUAUCUGCGCCACUCCUUUCAGCUUUACCGUUCGCAAGCAUCACUGUCGACUCUGUGGGCGGGUCGUAUGCGCUUCGCCUCACCUUACACGCUUGGCAUGGGCAGAACAGAUGGGUUCAGGAACAGGCAAAACUUUGACCGCAGAGGAGAAGGCAGAACUCGAAAGCAAGUGCUCGGGCAACAUCGUUGCUGACCCUAUCACUGGUCGGAUAGAAGAAGUUAAAGAAGGCACCACUUCAUCCUCGUCCUCGUCCACCUCCAACCCUGCUUCGUCGAAAGGCGUUCGCGUCUGCCGCGACUGCAAAUCGAUCGUACGCAAGCGUCAAUACAUGAUGGACGAUGAACCGCUCCCUGUCUUCAUGAAGCUGUAUGAAGCGCUCAUGCGAGUUCAAAAGGAGAUCGAACAAUCGCUUCCGGAGUUUCAAGAGAUGGUUUUGGGGUUGCAGAAGCAAGAUCAGACCGCAGCACUAGGGUCUAGUAUCAGAGCAAACAUCGAGCUGCAAAGAGAUGCUGUGCAGGCAAGGAAGCAACUUUUAGCUAAUUUUGCGACUUAUGAUGAGUUGGCGAAACGAAUUCGAGCGCUGCCUUCCGACUCUGCAGGUGAUGCAGCGCAGGAGAGGAUUCAAUAUGCCAUCUUCACGAGAGCUCAUCUGUUUUUGCAGCAGAACAUGUUGCCCUUGCAAAGUUUGCCCAGGUUGGGGAGUAAGAAGAGUGACGGAGGUUCAGACACGACAGGUAGCGCUCCAGGGUCUCCUCAGCCUGCAUCGCCGAGGUUGGGACCGCGUCGUGCGCAGCACAGCAACAAGGUAUCAGUGAGCUCAAUUGUAUCAUCCAGAUCGCUUUUUGGCGGUGGAAGUGGCGGAAGCAGUCUGCGAGCUAACUCUGCGGCAGAACUGGAUGAACAACUCAACCCUGACGAGGAGGAGGACGAUGAAGCGGAUGCAAAUGCUGACGCAGCUCAACUCAGAGAGCAGCUCAACGUGCUGUUAGAGCAGGAGAAGCUGGUUGCAGACUACGUGGAAAGCGCAGCAAAAGCGAGGAAGUUUGAGGACGCAAAGACGUUGAAGAAGAGUCAUGAGGAUCUUUGUAAGGAGAUACUGCGGAUUCAGAGAAAGCUGGUGGUUAAGGGUCAUGGGCGUUAG